UUCAGUUCUUAUAAUACCGAUACUGUAGCUUUGUUCAGUAAAGAUGAACUAAAUAAAUUAAAUAAACUAAAUGAAUUAAAUGAAGUAAAUGAACUAAAUGAAUCAAACAAAUUAAAUGAAUCAAACAAAUUAAAUAUAUCAAAUAUAUUAGAAAAUACAUAUGACCUAGACAGCGAAUUGAAUUUGAGUUCUUCAGAACAAACUCCAUCAAAUAAUAGCAGUGUUAUUGUUACUAAUAGUUUGGGCAAAAGAAUUAGAAAAAAAAAAGUUAACUAUUCCAAAAGACCAAAAUUAAGAGAACAGAGAACCAAGUUGGGUUGUACUGCACAUAUGAUACAACUUGCAUUAGGUGACAGAUUUGAUAUUGAAGAAGUCAAUAAUUUAAUUAAUAAAGCGAAAACAUUAAAUAGUUAUAUCAAUAGUAAAGAUAAGUACCGUGAAAAACUCCAUCAAUUGCAAGCUAAAUUAAAUCCACAGCAUCAAGUUAAUCCUCUUUCAAGUAACACUAGAACUUGGUGGAAUAAAUUAGCAAAACUCUUAUGUCCUUUUGCACAAGCGACAGGAUAUAUUGAAGAAAGCCAAUAUUCCACAUUAGGAAUGAUGAUUUCUACUCUUAUUAAGCUCUCUUGCCAUUUAAGAGAUUUUUACUCAAGAACUACUUCUCAAGUAAUAAAGGCUUGUUGUGGUGAAAUUAAUCAAUCGAUGCUGUCAAGGUGGUUUGAACCAUCAUCUCAUGGUCUAAUAGCUGCCUUCUUAGAUCUGAG